UGACGUUUGUUUUGACAGUUUCCAAAGGUUAUGAAGUGUUAAAUGAGGAUUAAAAUAUUAUUUACGGAGCGAAAACUAAUAGGAUUCUGAUACGAAUUGACCUAAAUACACAAAUUUGUAUAUUUACUGUUUUAUGUAAAGCAAUGUGACGUAUUGGGAUCAAAAAUCUUAUACUAUCAGCAUGCCAACCUUUUUGACGCCUGGCCGGCAUGGCUACAGCGUUCGGUUUUCCCGGACAAGGCCGGACACUUUGGCCGUUGCAACUAGCCAAUAUUAUGGCCUGGCUGGAGGUGGAACUCUGUUCUUCUUAGAGCUAGCUCCUGAUGGGAGCACCAUCAUAGAAGUUCAGAAACUAGAGUGGAGCGAUGGGCUAUUUGAUGUGACAUGGUCAGGUACCACAGAGAGUGCAGCAGCUUGUGGUGCAGGGGACGGUGCCAUUAUAGUCUGGAGAGUGGGCUGUUCAGCUCCUUUGAGAGUCCUGAGGGCGCAUACCAGUGAGGUUUGCUCGGUAGAUUGGCCUCGGACACAUCUUUUGAGCGCUAGUUGGGAUACUACUAUUAAAUUGUGGGACCCUGAAUCUGAAGCUUGCCUCAGUACUUUUGUGGGUCAUUCUCAGCUGGUUUACACGGCUGCGUUCUCACCUCAUUCCCCGGCUACCUUCGCCUCAGUGUCAGGAGACGGUCACCUCAAGCUGUGGACUUGUACUGAACCUUCUAGACCUGCAGCAGUUGUUAAAGCGCAUGAUGCUGAGGUGUUGUCCUGUGAUUGGAGUAGAACGGAGACACAUGCUCUCGCCACAGCCGGUUCUGAUGGCCUAAUCCGAGGCUGGGAUCUGCGAAGACUGACAUCCCCCAUGUUUACUCUCAAAGGAUGUGAAUGUGCAGUAAGAAGAGUACAGUUUUCUCCUCAUGCACCUUCUAUAUUAGCCGCUGGAUCCUACGAUUUUACUACAAGGAUAUGGGACCUCAAGCGUGGCUGCGAGCCCCUAGAAACGAUAAGGCAUCACUCCGAGUUCACAUACGGCUUGGACUGGAACGCGUUGAGGCCGCAUCAGAUUGCGGACUGCGGGUGGGACUCAUUAGUCCACGUCUUUACGCCCCGCUCUUUGGCCUGAGACGGGAGAAAAUGAUCCAUUGGAAAGUCUGUGAUUCAAUUGAGAGUGUUAAUGGAGGAAUCGUGCCAAACCAUUGUAGUGUUUAUUGCGAAGACAAUCAGGGUUAUAAUCGCUUGCAAGCGUUCACUCGGUGCAGGUAACGGUGAACAGGGAUAUUGAGGUUUUUGGUGAUAGACAAGAAGUGUAUUGUAAAUUAUUCUUUGUUACAAUUGUAGUAAGGUAGUGGUUUGUUUGAAGUGUCGUAUUUGUAUUUGAACAUUCCUAUUGGCUAUUAUAUUCGGUGAAGCUUGUCAU